AGCUACUAGCUUUUUACGAACGUCAUCUGCAAAUCCAAGGCAUCACUUUACCAGACUGAAAAUUCAUUGAAAACUUUGCUCUGCCAUUAUACCUUUAUUUUUCCCGAACGACUUUUUUUUUUUUUUUAAUGUUACUUGUCCAAUUAAAUUGUCACCGCGUGAACGGAAUGUCCACAGCGGUGUUAUUAACAACAACUAUACCAAAUUCUUCGAGUGGGAAUGGAACGAAACGGUAUACUGGGUCUUCCUCGCUGGACAAGGUUUCCCGUCUUCCAUAAAAGACCAAUGUGCUUCAUUGCCACCUGGGUAUGCGGAUCUUAUCACUGGUGUUACCUUCGGCAGCAUGGAUAUAGCGAUCAGUUUGAUUACGUGUUACUCGACUUGGCCAAAGUAGGCGAAGAAGGCUCAGAAGUCCCGGACAAUCAAAAGUGUGGGGGACGGGUAAUUCUUCAAUCUCGCGGGGUAUUGGUGCAAACUACUCUCAAGCUGUAAAAUCACGUUUGAGUGUGGCCUAACGUGUACCUUGCGAGGGGUAAUAAAAAAAAAUAACAGUAGAACGG